AUGUCCACCGAAUACGAGAAAAUAUACUUGAACCAGUCCAAGCAGGCGGGCAGAAUGCGUAUUGCCGACUCGGGGCUCGGCUGGAAGGCCCAGGCGGUUCCUGGGGCCACGGCGAAGUCGAAUCCGUUUCUUCUGCCCAGCGAGGAGAUCUCCAGUGCCCAUUGGUCUAGAGGCUCGCGUGGAUGGGAAUUGCGCAUAGACACCAAGAACAAGGGCGUUGUGAUGCUGGAUGGGUUUGAUCAGCAGGAUCUGAACGGUCUCAAGAACGAAUUGCAGAGAAAUUUCAGUGUUCCUUUGGAAGUGAGAGAACACUCAUUGCGUGGAUGGAACUGGGGAAAGACCCAGCUGACCAGAAACGAGCUCACUUUCAACAUCAACAAUAGACCGGCGUUUGAGAUCCCGUACUCGGAUAUCACCAAUACGAAUUUGAGCAGAAAGAACGAAAUCACUGUUGAGUUGAACUCGACAGAGCAAACAGACCCUGAAAGGACCGGAGACGAGCUUGUGGAGAUGAAACUGUACAUUCCGGGCACUGUGGAGGCCGAUGAGGAUGAAGGUGAAGAAGAAGACAAGGAGGAAGCUCCAGAACAAAAAUCGUUGGCCCAAAUCUUCAGCGAUCAACUCAAGGAGAAAGCAGACAUCGGACAGGUCACCGGCGAGGCAAUCGUGUCAUUCGAGGAGAUUUUGUUCCUCACGCCAAGAGGUCGUUACGACGUGGACUUCUACGACACUUUCAUGCGUCUUCGUGGAAAAACUUACGACUACAAGCUGCAAUACUCCCAAAUCCAGAGAAUCUUUUCUUUGCCUAAACUAUAUCAAUUGAACCACCUGAUUGUGCUUCAAGUUGACCCUCCAUUAAGACAGGGGCAAACCAGAUACUCGUUCUUGACAGUCCAGGUCUCGUCUGAAGAGGAGAUCGAGGUGGACUUGAACUUGGACGACGAGGAGUACGAAAGCACCUACAAAGAAAGACUCAACAAAACGUACAAUAACAACACAUAUAUGGUUUUAUCGAGCAUUCUGAAGGGAUUUACCGAAAGACGUGUUGUUGUGCCGGGCAGCUUCCUGUCGAAGGACUCGCAGGUUGCCAUUUCUUGCUCGUUGAAGGCCAACGAGGGACAAUUGUAUCCAUUAGAAAAAUGUUUGCUGUUUGUCACCAAGCCGACGGUUCUUAUUCCGUACUCAGAGGUGACUAACAUUGUGUUUUCCAGAAUCGGUUCUGGCACCGGCGCGUCGAGAACCUUCGACAUGGAGGUGAAUAUGAGAAACGGAGCACGCUCGCACAGUUUUGGAAACAUGGACAGAGGAGAGCAAACGUUGCUUGAAAAUUUCUUGAAGAGCAAGAACGUUAAGGUCAGAAACGACGAGAAGGUUGCGCAGGAGAUGCUUGCCAAUGCAAUGGCCGAUUCCGACGGAGAUAGCGAUAUGGACAUGGGUUCUGCAGACGACGACGAGUCGCCUGACGAGGACUUUGACGGCGGCGACGCGUCCGACGACGACGUGGCCGAGGAGUUCGACUCCGACGCCAGCGGCAGCGGCAGCGAAGACUCGGAGGACGACGAGCCUCAAAAGAAGAAACCUAAAAACGAGUAA